UGUUUUUUACUUGCUUUAGUGGCUGCGGCUCCUAAUUAAUUGCAGCUAUCUGUCUCCUAUCGAUGUGUGUGUACGUGUGUGUUGUGUGUGUGUGUUUCCUCUUUUCUCCCCAAAGCGAACAUGAAAUAGUUUGUUGGGCUAUACUUUCUUUCUUCCUAUCGUUCCCCCCUUCCGUCCUUCCCGUCCUGGUUCGCAGGCAGAGUCCGGACAGAUUGAGACCCAGCUGUGUGCGUCCCCUCAGAGCCGGUGAUGUUGGAUAUGGGAGAGCGCAAAGAGGUGAAAAUGAUUCCUAAAUCGUCGUUCAGUAUAAACAGUUUGGUGCCCGAGGCCGUGCAAAGCGACAACAACAACCACCAGAACCAGCACCACCUCCAGAACCAGCACCACCUCCACCAGAACCAGAACCACCAGCACCACCGGCCCGGCGGCGCGGACGAAGCCGAGCAGAAGACUCCUCUCCCGGCCGCGCAGCAGGACGCCAAAGCGGACCCGAAAAGUGAGGCGUCCAGCCAGGAGAGCUGCCCGGAGGACAAGGACAAGCAGGAGGACAAGAAGGACGGCAAAGACGGGGACGGAGGCUCCGGAGGGAAGGACGGAGAGAAGAAGAGCGGCAAGUACGAGAAGCCUCCGUUCAGCUACAACGCGCUGAUCAUGAUGGCGAUCCGGCAGAGUCCCGAGAAGCGGCUCACGCUCAACGGCAUCUACGAGUUCAUCAUGAAGAACUUCCCGUACUACCGGGAGAACAAGCAGGGCUGGCAGAACUCCAUCCGCCACAACCUCAGCCUCAAUAAGUGCUUCGUCAAGGUGCCGCGGCACUACGACGACCCGGGGAAGGGCAACUACUGGAUGCUGGACCCGAGCAGCGACGACGUCUUCAUCGGGGGGACCACCGGGAAGCUGCGGCGGCGCUCCACCACGUCCCGGGCCAAGCUGGCCUUCAAGCGGGGCGCGCGGCUCACCUCCGGGCUCACCUUUAUGGACCGAGCCGGCUCCCUGUACUGGCCCAUGUCCCCCUUCCUGUCCCUGCACCACCCGCGGGCCAGCGGCGCGCUGGGCUACAACGGGACCUCGUCGGGCUACCCGGGCCACCCCAUGUCCUACAGCACCAUGCUGACCCAGAACAUGGGCAACAACCACUCGUCGUUCCCGUCCUCCAACGGGCUCAGCAUGGACCGGCUGGUCGGCGGGGACCUCCCCUACGCCACGCACCACCUGACGGCGGCGGCCCUGGCGGCCUCGGCGGUGCCCUGCGGCCUCUCCGUGCCUUGCUCCGGGGCCACGUACUCCCUCAACCCGUGCUCGGUCAACCUGCUGGCCGGGCAGACCAGCUACUUUUUCCCCCACGUCCCGCACCCGUCCAUGAGCACGCAGUCCGGCGGCGGCUCCCUGCAGACCGCCCGGGCUUCGGCCUCCAACUCCCCGCAGACUCCGUCCUCCUCCUCGCUGCCCUGUGACUCUCUGAGGCCGGCCCUGUCCGGCUCUCUGCCGGCCUUCUCCUCGGGACUUUCCGGGGGUUUGUCUGACUAUUUCACGCACCAGAACCAGGGCUCGACCUCCAACCCGCUUAUACACUAACCCCCCCUCACCUCACCUCACCCCUCCAUCCAUCCUCCCAUUCCACCUGAAGGAGUGAUAAAAUGACUGGAACUGUAAGUUGAACAUUUUACACUGAACAUUUACAUUGUAAAAAAAAAAAAUACAAAAUUAUUAUAAACUACCUACUAUAGAAAACAGAGGACAGAAAACAAAAAAGAGCAGCAGAAAGUGACAGAAAGCAACCCUGAAGUUUCCAGGUAUUUUUUAAUAUUAUUAUUAUUAUUGUUAUUAUUAUUAUUAUUAUUAUUAUUAUUAUUAUUAUCUCUUCUUCUUCUUCUCUUCUUCUUCUGCUCCAUCUUCUCUUUCUGUGUACAUAAUGUCUGUUCAGUGUCCGGGUGUCUCUGUAUAUUCCGUCAGUCAGGCCGCAGUGUGCCCUGAGCUCAGACUGACAGGCUGAAGAUUAUUUUCUGUUCUUGUUGUUGCUGUUGUUGUUGUUGUUAUUGUUGUUGUUGUUGUUGCUGUUGUUGGAGGAGACAUUACUUUUUCUAGAAUGUGUAUUUAAAAAUAGUUUUGUCUAAUUUUGAGAUUAAAAAAAGGUUAAAAUAAUAAUAAUAAUAAUGAUGAUAAUAAUAAUAAUAAUAAUAAUGAUUAUUAAUAAUAAUAAUAAUAAUAAUGAUAAUAAUAAUAAUAUCUCUAAUAGCCGCAUGUUUGCAGUAUUAUCAGGUCUCGUGCGGGUUAGAAAAGAAGCGGCGGAUUUUAUUUCACAAAAUUUAAACACUAAUUUUUAUUUUCUAAAAAUAAAAUGAAAUGUGUGUUUUUUUUAAAGCGACCCCCGCCGUUAAAUCCUGAGGCUGUUUCUCCAUUUUUUUUUUUAUUUUUUUUUUUCAUUUCCCAGUUUAAAAACUGUUCCUGUACUUUUUAUAGACCAAAGAGUCGCUUCUUAGGACAUUUAGAGUCAUUAUUCAGCUGGCAGAGGCCUAAUGUAGUAGAAAAUAAAAGAGUGAGUGAAUGAAUGAAUGAGUGAGUGAAUGGAUGGAUGGAUGGAUGGAUGGAUGAUGAAGGUGAAUUUGCCUCCCUCACUGCAGAAAAUGUCCAUUUAGACGAGAUUUCUAUGCCAGUUUUUGUUGGAAUAUUUCUUAAAUUAGAGGAAAUUUGACUGGAGUCUGGUGGCGCCGAUUUCAAAAAGAUUUUUUUCUCCGAAUGUUUGUUGGUGCAUCUGCAGACAUUCCGCCUUAAUCCACCUCGUUUGGGACUUAAUGUUCAACUGCGCUGCAACCAAUGAAUUUAACAGAAAAAAAUCCACAUUUAAAUCAGAUUUUGGAUCGUAAAAGUCUCGUUUUUUCCUCCAGAUGGAUAUUUUCCGCGGUGAUGUGUCUUCUCUGACUGUAAAGUGAUCGCCGGUAACAUCGGACCUUCACGCCUCUUCUUCUUCUCUUUGUUUUAUUUUAUUUUAUUUUGUUUUUGUAUAAUUAGUAAAAGAGAGAGAAAAUGACUAUCUGUAAUUUGAAUUUGGGGUUUAGCUUCUUUUCUAAAAGGAAGAAAAUGUUUGACAGAAAAAAAAGCCUCAUUAUCUAAUCUACUUGGAAUGAUUGUCCUUUAAUUGUCGUCUCUAAAAAAAAAAACAAUUUUUCAUGGUUGUGAUACUAUUGUGGUCUUAUUCUUAUUCCCGUGUUUGUCGCUUACACAAGUUAAAAAAAGAGAAAAAAAUGUUUUAAUCAUAAAAAAAUAAAAAAUAAAAGAAUAGGUUACAUUCAUAACGAA